AUGAAGAGGGAUGGAGAUGGAAAAAAAUUAAAAACAUCAAAAAAUAAUCUUCUUCUACCUUCCUUCUUGUCGCCACCAAUGACUAUCCUCUUUGUUCUUGUCUUUGCUUUGUUUUUGGGACCCGGCAAUGUAUUCGCGGGUGGCAAUGCCUUCAAGCCAGCUGAUGAGUUCCUCAUCAGCUGUGGAGCCAGGAGCCUGGGUUCGGUCCCUGACGGAAGACUCUUCAAGACCGACCAUGAGGCCCAAGGUUUCUUGCAAACCAAGCAAGAUAUCUUAGUGUCUGUUCCAUCAGCCAAUGUUCCUUCUCCUAUAUAUCUGUCUGCGAGGAUUUUUAAAGAGGAUGCCACUUAUGCGUUUACAUUGAAAAGUGCAGGAUGGCAUUGGGUGCGUCUGCAUUUCUUUCAAUUCAAUAACUCGGAAUUCGAUCUGCAAACCGCAACAUUCUCUGUCAACACAGAUAAGUAUGCCCUUCUCCACAACUUCAAUAUAAAUAACAAUACUCAAGUUGUAUUGAAGGAGUAUCUAAUUAAUAUGACCGAACCAAACUUUUCCAUCCAUUUUAAACCUCUGAAGAAUUCUGCUGCUUUCAUCAAUGCCAUUGAGGUUGUUUCAGCUCCUGACAUUUUGAUAUCUGAUCAAGCCACCAACCUUUUCCCAGCUAACGAUUUUGCUGGUUUGAACAACUAUGGAUACGAAGUAGUGUACAGGCUUAACAUGGGGGGACCUUUGAUUACCUCCGAAAAUGACACACUUUCGAGGAGAUGGGUACCUGAUAAGCCAUACCUUAAGCACGAAGCUUUGGCUAAAAGUGCAUCUGUCCCUACUUCCUCCAUCAAAUAUGGUCCAGGAACCUCCCCACUUAUUGCGCCAGCAACAGUUUAUGCAUCUGCACAGGAAAUGGCUGAUUCAGAAACAAGGAUUCAAAAUUUCAAUAUAUCAUGGAAUUUUGUGACUGAUGCAACAUUCAGCUACGUAGUUCGGUUGCAUUUUUGUGACAUUGUGAGCAAAUCCCUCAAUGAUCUCUACUUUAAUGUGUAUCUUAAUGGGAAAAAGGCAAUUUCUGGAUUGGAUUUGUCAUCCAUCAAAGACGAAUUGGCAGUGCCAUAUUUCAAAGACAUUGUCGUGGAUGCUUCCUUGAUGUCUAAUGGACUCUCAGUUGAGGUUGCUCCUAUGAAUGACGAAACUGGAACAAGAAAUGCUAUUCUGAAUGGCUUGGAGGUCUUCAAAAUGAGCAGUGAAGUUAAUAGUUUGGAUGGAGCGUUCGGGGUUGAUGGUAAGGCGCUUGAGAACCAUAAGGUAGUUGUUGCCGUAGGGUUCGGUUUGAUGUUUGGUGCAUUUAUUGGCCUUGGUGCAAUGGUGUUAAAGUGGCACAAGAGACCCCAAGAUUGGCAAAAGAGGAAUAGCUUUUCUUCUUGGUUGCUUCCUGUCCAUGCUGGUGACCAUAGCUUCAUGACAAGCAAAACCUCACUGGGAUCCCACAAGACCAACUUCUAUUCAUCAACUCUUGGUCUAGGUCGUUUUUUCUCUUUUUCAGAGUUGCAGGAGGCAACCAAUAACUUCGAUUCAAGUGCAAUAAUUGGUGUUGGUGGUUUUGGCAAUGUCUAUCUUGGAACGAUUGAUGAUGGUACCAAAGUUGCUGUCAAGAGAGGUAACCCACAAUCUGAACAGGGAAUAACAGAGUUCCAGACAGAAAUUCAGAUGUUGUCAAAGCUCAGACAUAGGCAUUUGGUGUCAUUGAUUGGCUAUUGUGACGAGAAUGAUGAAAUGAUUCUGGUUUAUGAAUACAUGUCCAAUGGACCUUUUAGGGACCACCUCUAUGGAAAAAAUUUGCCGCCAUUGUCAUGGAAGCAAAGGCUGGAGAUCUCUAUUGGAGCUGCUCGCGGACUUCAUUACUUGCAUACGGGAACUGCACAAGGUAUCAUUCACCGUGAUGUGAAGACCACAAACAUUUUGCUUGAUGAUGCCUUUGUUGCCAAGGUUGCUGAUUUUGGGCUGUCCAAAGACGCACCUAUGGGGCAGGGUCAUGUCAGUACUGCAGUGAAGGGAAGCUUUGGGUACUUGGACCCUGAGUACUUCAGGAGGCAACAACUGACAGAUAAAUCUGAUGUAUACUCAUUUGGGGUGGUGCUGCUUGAGGUAUUGUGUGCAAGGCCUGCCCUUAAUCCUCAACUUCCAAGAGAGCAAGUUAACUUGGCUGAAUGGGCGAUGCAAUGGAAGAGGAAGGGGUUGAUUGAAAAGAUAAUCGAUCCUCUCCUUGUUGGUACCGUCAAUCCUGAAUCAUUGAAGAAGUUUGCUGAGGCUGCAGAGAAGUGCUUGGCCGAGCAUGGUGUUGACAGGCCAACUAUGGGAGAUGUGCUGUGGAACUUGGAGUAUGCUUUGCAGCUCCAAGAAGCUUUCUCUAAAGGAAAAGCUGAGGAAGAAAGUAAAACAUCAGCGUCUGUAGCUGACUCCCCUGCUAUUGUAGCUACUCCUAGUGCUAUUUCAACCAUUGUCGCCGAAGACAAUAAAAGCCCAGCUGAAGUUCAGGUCAUUGAUGAGCAUUCAGGAACUGCAAUGUUUGCUCAAUUUGCUGGGCUAAAUGGCAGAUAUCGUGUACGCGAAAUGGCAGACAAUCUUGAUUCAUCUGUAACUGGAAGGGCUAAUCUUCCACAAAAGAGGAGGGGGUUGUCAAGGUAUUACUCAGGGAAAGCAAGGUCAUUUACAUGCAUAGCUGAUGUUCGUUGUCUUGAAGAUCUAAAGAAACCAGAACGUCCUGAUCCCAAAAAAGGAAGAAACAUUCAGAUAGGAGGGGCUUGCACAUUCCUCCAUAUCCAUGUCGACGAGUACCUAGCCCCACCCAAAGCGCCUCACCCUGUGUUGCCCUCAACUAUUAGAACACCAGCAAAGCCACCUGCAUUGACGGCUUGUAGCUACAGUCAUAAACCAGAAAAGGGAUAUGGUGAAUAA